AUGGACUGCGGCACGGGGUUCACGAAACUUGGUUUUGCAGGCGGCGCCGAGCCCAGUUUCGUCAUUCCCACAGCGCUGGGCCCUGGCACCGCCGCCGCUGCCGCCGCCGCUGGCGCUGGCUCCACCCUUGGCUACCGCGGCGGCUCCGGGGCUCUGUUAGGUGACCUGGACUUCACCAUUGGGGAGAAGGCGCUGGCGGCGGCGCACGCCGCCGGCGGUGCUGGCGGUGGCGCCGGUGGCGGCCUGGUGUUCCCUGUACGGCAUGGCGUUGUGGCGGACUGGGACGCGAUGGAGCGGUUCUGCUACCUGCGUGUGGAUCCCGAGGAGCACUGUGUAGUGGUUACGGAGCCGCCCCUCAACCCCCCCGAGUCCCGGGAGGCGCUGGCGGAGAUCAUGUUUGAGACCUUCAACGUGGCGGGGCUGUACGUCGGGGUGCAGGCGGUACUGGCGCUGUACGCUGGCUGGGCCAUAGCGGGGCGGGCGGAUAGGGACGCCGCCAAGCACCUGACCGGCACGGUGGUGGAUGUGGGGGAGGGGGUGGCGCACAUCAUUCCGGUGGUGGACGGGUUCGUGCUGGAGGGGGCCAUCAAGUGCCUGCCGCUGGCCGGCAGGGCGGUGACGAGCUUCGUACAGCAGAUGCUGCGCGAGCGAGGUGAGCCCGUGCCUCCCGAGAUGUCCCUGGAGCUGUGUCGGCGGAUCAAGGAGGGGCAUUGCUACGUGGCGCCUGAUAUGCUGCGGGAGUUUGGGCGGUACGACAAAGAUCCCGGGAAGUACCAUCGUACAUUGAAGCUGCACAACCCGCGAGCCGGGGCGGACUUCACAGUGGAGCUGGGUUACGAGCGCUUUCUGGCGCCCGAGGUGUUCUUCAGUCCGGGGAUUUGCUCCUCCGCGCCCCAGGGCACACCCUCGCUGCCGCGGGCGGUGGAUGACGUGAUCCAAGCGUGUCCCAUCGAUACUCGUCGUGCGUUGUACGGUAACGUCGUACUCAGCGGCGGCUCCACAAUGUUUAAGAACUUUGGUCGGCGGCUGGCAGCGGAUCUGACGGCGGCCACCUCGCGACGGCUUCAGCCAGGUGCCACGGCCCCUCCACGGGUGGCCACGUUGGUUGCCAUCGACAUCAACGUUCGCAGUCACGCCAUGCAGCGGUACGCGGUUUGGUUUGGCGGUAGUUUGGUGGCGUGUGAUCCGGGUUUCGGAGCCGUGUGUCACACGCGGGAGCAGUACCAGGAGCACGGACCCAGCAUCUGUCGUACCAACUACGUGUUUCGUGACGUGUGA